CCGGCCGGGUCUGUGCACCUGCGCCUCCGCGGGCCGCCUGGGGCACCGUCCCCAGCCCGCCCGGCCCCACCAUGGCCAGGCCGCAGAGGACUCCGGCGCGCAGUCCAGACAACAUCGUCGAGGUGAAGAGCAAAUUUGAUGCUGAGUUCCGACGCUUCGCGCUGCCCCGCGCUUCGGUGAGUGGCUUCCAAGAAUUUUCGCGGUUGCUGCGUGCAGUGCACCAGAUCCCGGGCCUGGACGUGCUGCUUGGCUAUACAGAUGCUCACGGCGACCUACUGCCCCUCACCAACGACGACAGCCUGCACCGGGCCCUGGCCAGCGGGCCCUCACCGCUGCGCCUGCUAGUACAGAAGCGGGCAGAAGCCGACUCCAGUGGCCUGGCCUUUGCCUCCAACUCUCUGCAACGGCGCAAGAAAGGGCUUCUACUUCGGCCAGUGGCACCCCUGCGCACCCGGCCACCCCUGCUAAUUAGCCUGCCCCAAGAUUUCCGCCAGGUUUCUUCAGUCAUAGAUGUGGACCUACUGCCUGAAACACACCGAAGGGUGCGGCUGCACAAGCAUGGCUCUGACCGUCCCCUUGGUUUCUACAUCCGAGAUGGCAUGAGUGUACGUGUAGCUCCCCAGGGCCUGGAACGGGUUCCAGGCAUCUUCAUCUCCCGCCUGGUACGAGGGGGCCUGGCUGAGAGUACAGGGCUGCUGGCAGUCAGUGAUGAGAUCCUCGAGGUCAAUGGUAUUGAGGUCGCUGGGAAGACCUUGGACCAAGUGACGGACAUGAUGGUCGCCAACAGCCACAACCUCAUUGUCACUGUCAAGCCAGCCAAUCAGCACAAUAAUGUGGUGCGUGGGGCUUCUGGUCGUCUGACAGGGCCUCCCUCUGCUGGGCCUGGGCCUGCUGAGGCCGAAAGUGACGAUGACAGCAGUGAUCUGGUCAUUGAGAACCGCCGGCCUCCCUGUUCCAAUGGGCUGUCUCAAGGGCCUCCAUGCUGGGACCUGCGCCAGGGCCCCCUACUUCCCAGUGCCCGCAGCUCUCUGCCCUCCCUGGAUCAAGAGCAGGCCAGCGCUGGCUGGGGAAGUAGCAUGAGAGGAGAUGGUAGUGGCUUUAGCCUCUGACAGGCAAGGAUGCAGCCCCUUGCCACUCCAGGCUGCUGAGACAUGGCAGGGACUUCCUCAGUGGGGGUUUUUAGCUUGCUCGCAGGGGCCUCUUCGUCUGGGGAACAUUAAAAGUUUUCUACAAAUGCA